AUGGCCACAACCACGAACAAUGCCGGCGGCGGCGGUGCAAGCAAGAACCACCUGUCGUCGUCAUCGUUGCAGGACGGCAGUGCGUACGGCCAGGCGUACUACAGCCAGAAUUCCGGCGAGCCGCCGGGCGACGCGAAUGAUAAUGUGAUGCCCAUAGUGUUCGUUGGCAUCACCGUCGUUCUCGUCCUGCUCAGGCUCCUCUGCUGUCGCAUCUACAAGGAGCAGGUGGCCGGAGUUGGUGGGGACAGAGUGGGUCAGCCGCCGAGCUGCCGAGCAGGAGGCCUGGCCGACACGGAUGGUCCUUCGACGGUGGCCGCCGUGGAGGUGGUGCCACCGCUGGUGUGCACGUACAGGAAGGAGGACGGGUGGGGGGACGACUCCUCGUGCGGCGUGUGCCUGGCGGAGCUAGCCGACGGCGAGGCCCUCCGGGUGCUGCCGGCGUGCAUGCACUUCUUCCACGCCGCCUGCGUCAACGAGUGGCUGCAGGGUCACGACACCUGCCCGCUCUGCCGCGCGCCGCUUGUCGCCCCCGGCGACACCACCUAG